GAGGCUUUUUCGGUAUAUUUUGCUGGAGAUGGCGUCACCCCAGCUGCUGGAUGCUGCGAUUCGCAGCGAUGGCGUCGUGCGAGAGACUCCGUACACACUGCUGUGCAUGGUUGUGGCGGUGGAGAGGGCGAGUUCCUUGACAGCCGAGACAUCAGGUGACUUAUUCGACAUCUACUUGAAUGAGAGUGAAGUAACUCCGUUUGAGCGUGUGCUGCGGGCCGCAGACGAGGUUAGUUUGCAGAAGAAUGCAACAAGAGGGAGAAUUAAGCUGAAACGAGAGCGAAAAGCUCAAGACGAUGACGAAGAAGAAGUGUCAGCUACCCAAGCGAGUUCAGUUCAUGUUCAAGAAGACCUUAAGCGGCUAGUUCAUUCAACGUCACACGUUGAGAUACAAACAAAACUGAGAGAACAGAUUGAGAAUCUCAGACUUGCUGAGAUCCGUGAAUUCACUGGGGUUUUCAUUCCCAAACACCUGCAGCUCACGACACUCGAAGAGAAUCCACUCGAGUUCCGUCGCGACAUACAUGGCGUCGCUCAAAUCUCGGGGCGAAAUGUACUUGGAGAACACUUCGCCCCAAUGUCCGAUCCACUGCGCUUUCUCCAUACCCACACAGUGCCAGACAUUUUCAAGCGCAUGAAGCGUGUAGUGCGCGAUGACUUAAGCACUCGUAAUAAGCGACGCAUCGCCGCAUUGAACGCCAAGGAGAGAGAACGCAUGAAAGAGCUCGAACGACAAGGCAUAUUGUCACCAGAGCAGCAGCUCGAGGCAAAAUUUGAUCAACUACUUAAUGCAAGCGUUGCGUAG